AUGAAAACAUUCGAAACAGGUGCCCCGCAAAAGAUACAACUAACUGUGUACUAUGAGAGUCAGUGUCCAGACAGUAAAGACUUCAUUGUAAAUGAACUGCAGCCAGCUUUAACAUUAUUACACAAUUAUCUUAUACUGAAAUUAAUACCAUUUGGAAAAGCAAAAAGCAUAGAUAAUACUUACUUCGAAUGUCAGCACGGUCCUACAGAAUGUACAGGCAAUAUGGUUCAAAGUUGUGCAUUACAUGUCAUGAAGGAGAGCGGGGCAAACGAUCGAAAAAUGUUGGACUAUGUCGUUUGCGAAAUGAAAACAGAAGCCGGCACUACUAGAAAUUUAUGGUGUGUGAAAAAAGCACGAGUUAAUGAAAAUCUGGUGACCUCGUGUCUGUCAAGUCGCAUGGGAACUGAACUACUCCUACGGAAUGAAUACUUAACGAAGUUAGUUUCACCUACAUUUAUACCGACAAUUACAAUGGACGGGAUUUUCGACCAGGGAAUUCAAGACUCAGGAAUACAGGAUCUGAUAGGGACAUUGUGUUCAUACCGUGAAGAUAUGCCACCUUGUGUACAACAUUAUAACUUAAUAGGAACGGAAUAA